AUGAUAUAUCAAGCAUAUUCAUUUGAUUCUAUACAAUCAAAUCAUACUCCUAUAUCAAAUCCCCGCAAUUCAUCAUCAUAUCCCACAAUUGCAACCCUUUCUGACCAAUCAAAUUCAGGCCAACAUAAUCAAUCUCAAUCAUCAUAUCAAUCCCAUUUCCAUCCUCAAGUCCCUUCUCAACCUCAGAAUCAAAACCAAUCUCCUUCCAUACAGAAUCAACGUCCUCCCUUACCAACCACUUUACCUCCAUGUUAUAGACCUCAAUAUGUUCCGAGGUAUUACCCUUAUCCACCUCCUCAAAAUAUGCCUCCUAGAUAUAAAUUAUAG